AUGCGAGGCCGACGACUAACUGCAGACGUCGUGGUGGCAAACACAGCCAUUUCUGCAGCCCUGUCGGGUGAGGCAGCAAUGGAUCUCCUUCAUGACAUGAAGGGGGAGGUGCUACAGCCCGACGUGUUCAGCUACAGUGGCGUUCUGGAUUCCUUCGCCGUCGAAGCCAGGUGGCAAGAUUCUGUCGCUUUGAUUCAGGACAUGGUCCACGUCGGCCUCGGUGUUGGCGCCGUGGCGCUGAGCGCGCCGCUGCCCAAGGCGCCGUGGCGCCGGGCGCUGCGGCUGCUGAAAACGGCUCGGCGGAGCCACACGGAGCCCGACGAGGUGCUUUGCGGCGCAGCCAUAGGCAGCUUGGAGCAGAGCCUCGAAUGGCGUCAAGCAUUGAACUUCCUACGUGGGAUGCGCUUGACAGCGCUGCGCCUCAGCGACGUGACGGUCUCCUCCUCUAUCCUUAUUUGUGCAGGUGCCAGACGCUGGGUGCGUGCCUUGUGGUUGCUGGAAGGCAUCGGCGCCGCCGCUGCAUCUAGCUACGCUUUGAUUCUGGGUGAGCUGGAGCAGAGCGGGGCGGGUCCCGAAUCGCUGCUCAUGAGUCGCCUAGCAGAGAGUGCCUUUGGAGCGCUGCCACGGAAAGCCUCAGCGCGCUGCGUUCAAUUGCCCGAGGCGCAAUUCAUGCUGGGACUUGAGAAUUUGGAGCCAGAGGAACAGCCGCAAGGCGACCCCGGCAUUGCUGCAUCCUGA